AUGGACAAAAUUACGCAGCUCUUGAAUUAUUCUAAGAGCACUUGCGAAGCGCUGAUGAAGAGCGAAAAGCUCUGGACCGUAAUUGGUACACCGGACAACUUGGUAGCCCGCACGCGUACCAAUGCGGAGCAAAACAAACGGAAAAAGGCUGUCAUCGAAGCUGGUAAACGGGCAACACAGCGAAGGGCAGAACCAGGCACGAUUGGGCUGCGUGUCCAGCCAACCGGAGGGGUAUCAGACGGAGUACCCGGAGAAGCAUCAGAACUUGCCCCCAGCAUUAUUUCGGCAAACAAGGCCACCGUGCACCCGACACCGGCUCUACCCGUAGAUUGGGACACUUCGACUACGGCUUCACAGGGCGAAUUUAGUGCAUCUAAAUCCUUGCUUGCUGAUCACGAUAAUGUUUUGGCGCACGAAUACAACGAGUCGGUGCGUUUGGCGCCGGAAGCAGAAACGAAGAGUUCAGUACCUGCUCCUCGGGAAGGACCGGGUGGUUCAGAAUUGUUGGAUGUUGGAACGAUUUCACCGGUGAAGACAUCUAAAAGGAAGCGCUUUCAACGUUCUAUGAACAAGAUAGGAGCUAAACAGGCUCCGUCAGUUAAGGAAGAAAAUGGUAAGUCGCGUAAGGAGGCCGACGAAGAGUCAGCCGGCCCACACAUGUUGCGGACUAAACCUCGGAGGAUGUAG